UUAGCUCCUAUUUUGAUGAAAAGGGUUUAGUCAGGCAACAGUUGGAUUCCUUUGAUGAGUUUAUUCAGAUGUCUGUGCAGAGAAUUGUUGAAGAUGCUCCACCAAUUGAUUUACAAGCUGAAGCCCAGCAUGCCUCAGGAGAAGUGGAAGAGCCACCUCGGUAUCUGUUGAAGUUUGAACAAAUCUAUCUCUCCAAACCUACGCAUUGGGAAAGAGAUGGAGCACCCUCACCUAUGAUGCCAAAUGAAGCCAGACUGAGAAACCUGACGUAUUCUGCCCCCUUGUAUGUGGAUAUAACUAAAACAGUUAUUAAAGAAGGGGAGGACCAGUUGCAGACCCAGCAUCAGAAAACCUUUAUAGGAAAAAUUCCUAUCAUGUUGCGUUCCACAUACUGUUUGCUGAAUGGCUUAACUGACCGUGAUCUUUGUGAGCUGAACGAGUGUCCACUUGAUCCUGGUGGCUACUUCAUCAUUAAUGGAUCAGAAAAGGUAAUGGAUAUACCUUGCACAGCUGUCUUUACAGACACUGAAAGUUCUGUUAUUUGUUGCCAUAUGUUUUGCUAGAAGCAUAAACACUCUUCUUCCAGUGUACCAGAGGUACUGUGGGAGCUCCUGAUCUUGCAGAAAGAUGGGCUUUUAGUCAUCUGUUAGGGCUUUCUCAAGCCAAAUUUUUGUCUUUGAGGCACAUUUCCCAUCUUCAGUUCUUCCCUUCUUCAUUUUUGUGAACUGCUUUGUGUUUAGUGAACUGUUUGCCAGUAAGUGCUGUAGAUAUUUUUAUUUCCUUUUCCAGCAUUGCAGAGCAGCAUCCACUCUGAUAUAAGGCACUGCCUCACUCAGAGUGUCCUCCAGCUUGUUCACAGCUGUAUAGAUGCAUUUUAAGAAUAGGUUCUUGCCUCCAUUGUUGCAGAAGCAGUUUCAGAAAAUCAUAUCCACACCCUGUUAGUGCCUCACCAGUGAAACUGACAUUAUUUUCUAACUGAUAACCUGAGCAAGCACAGCAAAAUAAUUAGAAUUUUAUGUUUCUUCUUGGGGAAAGCUAAAAUCUGGCUUUGAUUGUUGAGCUGGCAUUUAAAUUUGCCUGUAC